UUGAAUUGCACAUGUAUACAUUUUUCUGGGAACAACAAAAGCAACGACAAUUUCUCACUAGCCACCACCACUCACUGAACCUCUCUGUAUCAACAACGAAAAAGAGAAGAAAAUAGAAUCGUAACACUGAAAACAAGAUUCGAAUGGCGUUCGAAUUACCAAUAGAUCAAAUAAAGCAGUUACAGAUCCUUCUUCGCAAAGAUGCCAAUCUCUCAUGGUACAAUCCAGAAAAUGACGAAAAUCUCCCUCUCCCAAACCUCCAUUCCGUCGCAGAAACCGUCGCCAAACUCGAUCCUUCGCCACCUUACCUUCGCUGUAAGAAUUGCAAUGGUAGACUCCUCCGUGGCGUUCAAUCCUUUAUCUGUGUCUUUUGUGGUGCAAAUCCGCACAAAGAUCUUCCUCCUGAAGCUAUUAAAUUUAAGAAUACUCUUGGGUAUCGUUGGUUGCUUGAAUCUCUUCAACUCGAUGGAUCGGAGAUGGUGGCACCGACGGUGGAAGAACAUGCAUCAAGCAGAACAAGGAGUGAAUUAAACGAUGAGAUUCCUUUAUCUGAACUACUGGAUUUGGAAAUUCGAUGGCCUUCUGAGGCGGAGAGAGCACUAUCAAGUAAUUCAGACUCGGAAGCAUUUCCGGGUGAAAGCUCGUUGAGUUUGUCUGGUGUUGAUCUGGAUAGUUUUUUUGAUCGGAGAGAAUCUGAUUUCAAUGUGUCUGAGCAGAAUUCGGCUUUUGAAAGAAAUGUAGGUGGUGCUUCAGAUAACACUUUCCAAGCAAAUGAGAAUCUUAGUUUGUUUCAGAAUUUCCAAGCUUCAGAAGCAUCAGGAGGGUCUGUAGAGGAUCAGAGUGGGGGUUCUUUUUCGGGUUGGGAGGCCAACUUCAAGUCUGCUAGUUCUGCUCCUGUUCACAAAGAGUCCAAUUCAGUCGAUCAUUCUAAAGUUGAAUUGGAUACAGUAUCUGGAUAUGGGAAAGAUUCUGACGGUGUAAAGGAGAACGAUGAUUUCAAUCCUUCAGCGUCCGGUGAAGAUGAUUGGUUUCAGGGUGAUGAAUUCCAAACUUCUAACUCAAAGAUAGAUGGCCAGCCUGGGAAGUCGGAAACGACCACAGAUCUCUAUCAUAUGGAAAAAGAAGAAAUUGCUACUGGUUCGUCUACUAGGAAUUUGGACUGGAUGCAGGAUGACCAGUGGCAAGAGAGUGAAACCAAGAUUCCUAAUAUUGGGGCUACUGAUGAAGAAGAUGAUUCAUUUGAUGCUUGGAAUGAUUUUACUGGCUCAGCUGGCACACAAGACCCUUCUGGUAUUAUUUCCAGCCAAAACAUGACUGCCCAGACGGGAAAUUUUGAAUUUUCUGCUGAUCUGAAUGAUGCAAAAACAGCAGAGGAUGCUAAUAGUUCUUCUAACAGGGACUUUGACUGGAUGGAAAAUGAUCAACGACAAGAUAAUGAUAACAGGACAAUUGAUAAUGUUGGUACUAAUGAAGGUUCUUAUUCAUUUGAUUCAUGGAAUGAUUUCACCGGCUCAGCCACUACACAAUAUCCUUCACAUAGUGUUUCCAAUUCAGAGAUAACUGGCCAGACUGGGAAAUUUGAAAUGACUGAAGAUCCUAAUGAUACAAAAAUUGCAGAAAGUGCUGAUGGUUCAUCUAGUAAUUUUGACUGGAUGCAAAAUGAUCCAUGGCAGGGGAGCAAUAACAAGGAAACUGGUAUUACGGCUACUAACGAAGUCACUGAUUCAUUUGAUGCAUGGAAUGAUUUUACUGGUUCAGCCUUUUCACAAAAUCCUUCCAGUAGCGUUUCACACUCUGAGAUAAAAGACCAGACUGGCAUAUCUGAAAUUACUGCUGAUCUUCAUGAUACCAAAACAGCAGAGGGUGCUAAUGCUUCUUCAGUUAAAAGUUUUGACUGGAUGCAAGGUGACCAAUGGCAAGUUAGCAAUAACAAAACAACCGAUAGUGUGACUACUAAUGAUAAUGCUGACCCAUUUGAUGUGUGGAGUGGCUUUACUAGCUUGACCACUAAACAAGAAGAUCCUUUCAGUAACAUUCCUGUACAAAUUGUGAAUCAAACUCCAUCUGAAAAGACCUUUGAAGUGGAUUUAUUUGGAUCGUCAAACAACUCACAUGAUAUGGAUUUUAGUGGAUUUUCACAGAAUGAUUUUUUAGAACAGUUUGAUAAUGCACUGAGUACUCCUGCAGCAACCAAUGGUCAACCUGCAGCUGCUAUUUUAAACAGGGUGGCUGAUGAUGAUACCAUGAGACAAAACACUAGAGAUGUUUCCACUGCAGAAUUAGGGUCAAAAGAUGACGUAGAGAUGUUGAUGUCACAGAUGCAUGAUCUCUCAUUUAUGCUUGAGAGCAAUCUUUCAUUUCCCCCAAAAUGAGAUAUGGAGCUACUUUAUUUUCUCAAAAUUCAUGUUCAGUCAUUCUACGUCUCGAUAUUUAAAUUAAUUUACUAAUCUGUAACACAUGUUCUUCUCCUUUCAAAGUAUCUGUUAUCUUUAAUUGAAAGGCAGGGGGAUAUGGUUUUCCUUAAUGGUUUCAAUUCCAUUCUUCACUGUUUGUUUUCUUUUUUAGGUAGAAUUCUUUAAAUUAGAUUUUUAUUGUAAAUCAAGCAUGCUGGUGUUGUAUUGUUUUACGGUAUGCAACUACUGUACAUUAGCGGAUAGUUUACUUUGGGGAGACGAGUAUGACCUUUGGUACCUUAUUGGCCAAAGUGGAACAAAAAACGACAUCAUGGUUACAUUUUUUCUA